AUGUCCAUCAUUGUCCAGAGAGGUUCGGCGAGACUAAUCCAAGGCACAUACAGCCAGCAGAACAGCAGACAUGCUCAGUCACGCGCUGGAGUAUAUGAUCCUGCUACGCCGUCUCUGUAUAGGACGUCUGUCGGCCGUGCUGCUCCGUCAGAGGCAUGUAGAUCGAAAGGGAACGGGGAAGAGAUGCGAGCGGCAUAUGAUGAGAUAGUGAUGGCAGUGGGAUAUGAAUUUUGCCGCGCCAUAGAUGUCGAGCUGCAUGUAGAUGUAUUUACGGGGGAAGGACGGGAGGCGAGAAGAGACGUAGUACCAGUGCACCUGGUGUUAUGUGGCUACUUAGCAGGGGUCAAUUAUGUAAUCGCUACUGUGGAUAGGGACUGUUCGCUGCUCAUUCCGAUGUCUGAAUCACCUCGCACAGAUCCCAUCCGUUUAUUCAUGUUCAAGGUUGCGGUGUGGAUUUCAGUUGAAUAUGAACUAGUUACCAGAUUGGAACAAAAGCGCAGCGUCGUUCAUAAAAAGAAAGCAAUAUCGAAGGAAGCCCUAGCAAAUGGACUCUGGAUCGGUGACAUUCCGGAGGGUUUGCAGCGCCUUACUUUUGUUGAAUGCAUGUUGGUUGCCACAGUCCGACACAAUGCUUUUAUUGUAAAGGUCUCAAAGGGAUUUUCCCAGCCUAUCCACAAAGUGUAUGAUGUUCUUCCUGCUCCUCGAAAAGAUAUGGAUGACAUCCUUGCCAUUCUUUUUACAGGAGCAUGCAAAUCGGUUGCUGCUGAUUUCAAACGCACUUCAUUGAUGCCACCUAUUGUCAUCCUUCAUUGUGUUUCUGACGGUGCAACCCCUGCUGAGGCCAUGGCAGUUUACGAAGUAGAUGAUGAACGAGGUUCAGCAUCUGAACCAUGUCCUUUUGUCAUGCAUGGGUUAUUGUUCUAUGAAAACUAUAUCAUAUUAUAUGCGACUGCUAUAGCGUUGUGUGACUUCUCCAGUGGGGAGGAGUUCUUGGCAUUGGACAUAGCGUCCAGCCAGAGAGUAUUUAUCACAACCUGA